AUGUUCCUCUUUGCCCAAAAGCACAAGACCCCUGUCAGCACCUACACCGAUGCUUACCGGCCACCAUGCUCCAUGAAAAAGACCAUCUAUGAGAAGACUCCACAGCAGCUAUGGAAAGAAAACAAAUUUGUGACCCAGGGAUUAACAGUGCCCCAGGAGCAAAAUAUGUCUCACCAAGGUCAGCCUGAGAAGCUGAUUAAGGCUGUGAUGCAGGAGUAUUUGUACCGGAAUGCCAUUGACCCCACUGCUUACUGGCCUGAGAAAUAUUGGCUGACCAAACCUGAAGAGAAAUACAGCCCAGUUUUUGUCAAUGAGGACAAAUACAUCACCUGGCGAGCAGGACCCUACAACAGUGCAGCCUGGGACAAGUACAGCACCUACCUCCCCCUGCCACCCAAGGAGAAGAGAAUGGAGACUUUUCUUCAAAGCAUACCUGUGCCAUAUCCCCCGAAACCUGCCUGCCUCAACCAAUUUGAGAGGGAGGUGGUUGGUGACAUGCUGCGCAGGCUAUCACAGCUCUCACCAUCGUCCCUGCAGCCUGUGUACACUAUGUCAGGGAGGAAACCCUUCCAGGGCUAUUACAGCCCAUGCUCUGGUCGCCACUACUGCCUGCGAGGGAUGGACUACUAUGUCGAUGGGGACCCUGCCAUCAGGAAGCAUCUCCAUGCGCUAGCAGAACGGACUGUAAGGAGCAUCCCAUGUUGCAAUUUCAGCCCUAUGGUGACGUUCUGUGCACCUACACAUCACCCCCAGCCAUCAUACCCAUACAUGAGCCCUAGGUGGGACUCCAGCCACUUCAAGAAGCUGGGAGGAGUGCAGAGAGGCAGCUACACCAUCCACCCCGAGUUCACCUCAGAGAUGUACCACGCACCUGCACAUUAG